AGCUCAGCCAUUCUUCUCCCGAGCGCUUCAGAGAUUUCGGCAACGGCCCCGUGACGCCAUGGCAGGCCCCCAGAGGAAGCCAGUGUUCGAGUGGCUGGCUGAUCCUCGCGGCAUGAACGAGGUUGAUCGUGCUGUACUGGGGCUCGCCAAGGCAGUGGAGAAGCAGCGUGAGAAGCCCAACGCCUUAGAGGACGAGCUCAGUGAUGCUAGAACCGAGAUUGCGGCGAAGGAUGAUGAAAUCAAUAUGCUGGAGUCGGAACUCAGGAUGCUCAUAAACAAAAAUGCUUCAUUACAGGACGAGCUGGAUGUGUUCAAGGGGAAGGGGUCCAGUGAUCGUACCGAGACGGGGGAGGCGAAACCGAACAAGGAGAGGACCGAGGCCGAGGGCUCCGCGAUCGACCGCGACAACACCGAUUCCGACUAGCUGGUGACCUGAGUGGCUGAGUCGGGCAAGCAAGCGUCUCGGCUAGCAUCUAAGAG